AUGGAGGCAGCUGAAAACGGCAAGAGAACCGGCGAGGUUGAGGACUUGUCGCAGACAGAAUUGGAGGGCACAAAAAUGGAGGGCAAAGAACGUUCUGUUUCAGAGCCGGAACUACAUGUGGAAUCGGGAGAGAAGCCGGCAGAGGAGGCGGUAGAGGCUUUGACAGUGGAGCUGGGUCCAGAGGAGGGCCAGAAAGCGGGAGAUGGAGACGAUCAAGACGCGGAGGAAGAUCACGAGGCGACUUCCAGAGAUGAAAAGCUGAAGAAAUUAGGCACUUUUUGCCAUUCGCUCGGUUUGCAGCCAACUAGACUGACGGAUAAGAUGCUGAAUACUAUAGAAAGGUCCAAGGAUAUUGAAAGGAAUCAGCGGAGCGUGAUAUCGAAGCUGAACUCGGCAGCAUCCUCGGGACCCCAAGAGAGUGGGGACGAAGAUGAGGACGAGGACGAUGUAGGAAACCCAGACGACGAGGACGCGGACGUGAGUGUCGUGCAGGUAGACGAAAACAACGAGGUGAACAACAAGAAGGCGAAGAAGAGCAUUGAGUUGAACUCCUCGAGCAAAUCACUACGGAGAAAGAAAAUUCCGCCUCCAUUAAGUAUACAAAACCUCGUCGAUGAAUCGAUGUCCGGCAAUAGCACGAAUAGCUCUGCAAAUUCCCGUUCCAAUAAUUUUUCGGUGUAUCCACAAAGUGCUCCAGCGCACGUACCGAAUUUUUUGAGAUCUACAUUGCAACAGAGUAAAUUUGUUGGCAAACCGCGUGUUCAGUAUUUGGGGAGGGUUUCAAAUGGUGUGUCCAGACACCAACAUAAUGGAUACAAGCUAAAAACACCCUUUGUACCUGCAUUCUCUAGACUGCCCCCUCAGGCAAUGCAUUUGCAGCAGCAGCCGUUAUCACAUCAACAACAACCUCCUGCAUCAGGGCCACAGUUGAGUGCACAUUAUCCAUAUUUCCCGUACAUGUAUCCCAUGUACCAACCUCCUCCAUAUGGACUGCCAGUAAUGGCGAAAUCGGCAAUUCCUUAUUCUCCGCAAGCCCGAUAUUAUCAGGAUAAUGAAUCACUUAAACGUAGAUAUAAACAAGAUUACAAUCAGCUCGAAAAGCAAACGUAUGAUAAAAAGGCGAAGGUAACUUUGGAGAAGUCGGACGGCAAACUUCGAGAAAAUGGCGACAGUAGGAGUGGCGAUAAUAAGAUUAGCGGUCAUAAGAGUGGUGAAAACAAGAGUAGCGAUAAUCACAAACAAAACAGCGAUCGACCCGUAGAAGAAAAGAAUGCUAAUGGUAAUCACAGCGAUAGUGCCGACAAUACCCAGAUAGCCAUCGAAGACAAUACCGGCGCUGAAACCCUGGAUCAGCCAUCCGGUCCGAUCAUGGGUGAAAUAAGGAUUCUUGCGAAUGUUUUCAGUUUUGAAUUCCCUGUCAACGGUGCAAGCAUCGACAAGAAGAUGUUUCUGAGCAUAUGCAAUUCUGUAUGGGACAAGUCCGAAGACAUGGCCAAAAAUGGUCGUCAGUAG